AUGGCUGGCAGACAGGCUGUGAAAGCAUACUUAGAUCUCGUGUCUCAGGCCUGCAGGGCUAUACUAAUAUUCCUCAAAGACAACAAAAUACCACAUACAGUGGAGAACAUUGCCAUACGAAAAGGAGAGCAGAAAACACCCGAGUUCACCAAACUCAACCCCAUGCAAAAACUGCCCGUGUUGGUGGACAAUGGAUUUGUUCUCACUGAGAGUGAUGCCAUAUUGAAGUAUCUGGCGACAGCCUACAAUGUCCCUGAUCACUGGUACCCCAAACUGCCAGAGAAGAGAGCCCGAGUGGAUGAGUACACAGCCUGGAAUCACGCCAACACACGCACACACAUUUCCUCCGUCUUCUUGCAUGAGGUUUUACUUCCACGCAUGGGACAGCAGACAAAUCCGGAGGAGCUUGAAAAGGCGCUGGCAGACCUGGUGGCACACUAG